CUGUUGGGUUUAACUUGUGUGCAAUUUAAGGUUCGCUGCUUAAAAAAAUAGGAUAUCCUUGUUAGUUGAAGGCUUUUUGGGUACGUGGAGUUUUGGGUCAUCGGAAAAUAUAUUGUGUGGAGACUAAAUGGCACAUUGAUUUUUUUCGGCCAUUUUAUUUAUCUUACAUUUGGUGGCUAAGUUAGCUAACAUACGCGUUUUUAUAAAAAAAAUUAAUGGCUGUGAAUUAUUAAACCGGAUUCACACACUUUACACAUUUUCUAACAUGCCUAAACAGUGAUUGUUUUGUAAUCACGUUGAUUCAUUUACAUUGUUUACGUUACAUUUUAAUCCGACCCGGAAGUAAAUAAUCCAGCUGACAUCUUUUGGCAUGGAGGAUGUUUUGGUAAAGGCAAUACUUUACACUUCAUUUUUUUAGAACAACUGAACAAGAAACAGAUUUAAACGAUUAAACAAAGAGGACGUUUCAAAAUACGGUGGAGGCUUGACUUGGAAUCGGGAUUUUGAGUCGUUAACGUUAAAUAUUCACGAUGGGAGCGGAGCAAAGUGGUGAUUCGGAACAUAAGCAUUCCGAUUACAGCACUGCAGUGGUGCCCUCCCCAGCGAAACAGAAAGCCAAAAUGGACGACAUUGUUGUGGUGGCUCCAGGAACGCAGUCCUUGCGAAACAUUCACAACGACCCCGAUGUCAUCAAGCUUCAGGAGAUACCGACCUUCCAGCCGCUAUUGAAAGGUGUUCUGAGCGGACAGACAUCUCCUAGCAGCGGUCGCCUGGAGAAGCUGGACUCUGUGCAGGUGCUGCAGCUCUGCCUGCGGUACCAGGACCACCUGCACCAGUGCGCCGAGGCCGUGGCCUUCGACCAGAACGCCCUGGUUAAGAGGAUCAAAGAGAUGGACCUGUCGGUGGAGACGCUGUUCAGCAUCAUGCAGGAGAGGCAGAAGCGCUUCGCCAAGUACGCCGAGCAGAUCCAGAAGGUGAACGAGAUGUCCAUGAUCCUGCGGCGCAUCCAGAUGGGCAUCGACCAGACCGUGCCUCUGAUGGACAGACUCAACAACCUGCUGCCCGAGAGCGAGAGGCUGGAGCCCUUCAGCAUGAAGCCUGAGAGUGAGGCUAAGUAGGCCCGCCCCCCUGACCCUCAACCAAUCAGCUUUGCUCCUCUGCAGGCAGCUCCGCCCCCAUCACUCAGGGAGUUUCGCCUGCCACCAACCCAGGUCUUGCUGCCCACUGUUUAUUUAUUUAUUUUUGUUUAGCUUUUUUUUGUUUUUUACUUUUUUUCCUCACUAAAAAUGGGGUGGAAUCUCACUGGUGUGGGUGCCGUGCUGUCCUGUCUCGCUGUGCGUGAGGGGAUUGGCAAACACAGUCUUGGGCAAUAACGUGCUGGCAAAUUGCCCGGAAUCAUGUUGUGGGGAACGCCAUGAGCCGUUUGCAUCUCCAAAUUACAUCUUGGAUUGCCAUGUAGUGUGUGGGGAAAGGGGAGGAGCUUAGCUGCAUCAUUUCCCCCCUGGGGCUGUUUCACAGAGGGAAGAGGCACCAGGGGGGCUGUUUUGAGUGAAGAGAAGAAAUGCAAGCAUUGAAAUUAGUUUUCAUUCCAUGUUUUUUUUUAUUUUUUUUUUAAGGUUUGUUAAAACAGUAUUUCUCAUUGUAUGUGUAGGUCUUGCAAACUUUAACACUCAGGUGGAUGUUGUUUUUUUUUGUUAAUUUGCCAAGCAUUCUUCUGAUUUUGAGAGCAAAAUGUGUGUGAGUCUGUUCCUGCAUCAGUCGAAGCUGAACUGUGUCUGAACUUGGCGGUCCUGAACGACACUUCAGGGUGUUACAUGAGACAUUGAAUUGGAACUGUUUGUCUGUUGCUAGCUGUCACCUUCAAAAAGGCAGGUUGAAAUAUUUUAAUUUAUUUAUAUAUGAAGAGAUGCACAGUUUACCUGUUUGAUUUGAAGCAUAUCACGUCUCAAAGAUGCAGACCUGUCGAGUGCCAUCGUUUCCGCUUGGGCACACGGCCGUGUCUCGCCAGGGAAAAUGAAUAUCUUUAUUAAUCUGUGGUUAAGUAGGAGUGCCUUGUUCUGUAUGUCACAGCUGCUUCACGUGUACGUUAAUCGGUGCUUGGAUUAAAUAUGGCAUUAACUGUCGCUGCACUUGUGGCUUUUGGGCCUUUAUGUGUGAAUUUAACUCUCGAUGGUGUAACUGACCCUGAUCUGUGGCUGUUUGAAAUGCAGUUGAUGUCCAUGAUGGGAUCCUUUUUUAUUUCGUGUCGUAAGUUUUUGAAAAAGGUGCAAAUGUCCCGCAGAGUUCUGGUGUUAAACUAAUGAAAACGCUUUGGGUUUAUGUUCUGAAAAUUAAUUCAGAGUGUGAGUUUUUGUCCCACAUAAAUACCAAAUAAAGGCUCUUAUUCUGAAAAUCCA